AUGACUGACCUCGAGCUCGAUUCCAAGGCGAUUCUAAAUGGGCUGGUGAGACUGGACCAGAACGGUGAGCUGCCGGCAAGCGCAACAGCGGCGCUGGGCGGUGGAGCAAAGCCGGCCAACAAGGGCGCCCGGGCAGCAGGAACCAGCGAGGCGCUAGACUCAGCGGAUGCCCGGGCCCUGAUGGCGCAUGCGGCCAGCGGAAACCGGGCGACAUCGAGCCAUUUCAGCGGCAACGGGACGCACGCGGUAGCGACAUUGCGGCUGGAGACGAGCGCGGUUCUAAAGGAGCUGGCGCGGUUCCGUGCGUGUGAUGACCAGACGAUGUCGUGCUUUUACUGCCGCGAGUGGGCGCAGUGGGUAUACCGCAAGCAAAUUUCGGCCCUUUCUGGCGGCGUCACCACAGGUUCUAGCAGCAACGGCACGGGCAAGGGCAAGAAGAAAGGCAAGGCGUCGGGAAAUAAUGCAGCAGCAGCGUUGGGCAGCGACAGCAUGGGCGGCGCAAGCGCAGAGGAGGUGCUGGAGCGCGAGCGGCUGGAGCGGAAGCGCGCGAUGCGGCUCUGCUACAGCUCGAUCGGUGAUCUUUGCGAUAGUUUGCGGGAGCUGGUAGCGGAGGAGCGCCAGGCGCUGCCCAUUAUCGAGCAGACUAGCGGGAUGGCCUCGGCACCGGUCAGCAGACCUGGCUCGCCGUCGCUUAGCGUGUCGUCGGCCACGUCAUCGACGUUUGCUGAGCAGGCAAGCAGGAAUGCAGGCGGCAAAGGCGGCAAGGCACGGGGCGGCAAUAAGGCAAAGGCGUCGAAUGCCCAAGCAGCACCACUGGCGACUACAGCGGCAGCAGCAGCUUCCGAUGAGUCGGCGGCGGCAGGCGGGAAUAGUACGCUGAUAGAUACAAUUGUCGAGCGCGCGAUGGCGUGGUACGAGGGGUACCAAUUCCCGCUGGCCGACGUGUACGAAGACCUGACGUUUGAUUUCCCACCCGACGCAUUCCCCUACAACGACAAACAGGACCCGAUGAACCCAGCGUUGCUGUUGCCGGCACUGCAGGUGACAAAGACGUACAUCUCGCUGCCCGCGGCCAAAUUCCCCCUGCUGGGCAACAUCACGUCGGAGCAGAUUGCCACGCACUCGUACCCGACGUGCCAGCACACCAAGGCCGAUCAUCCGACGCCGUCCGAGCUGGACACGCAGCGGCUGAUCUUCAAUUCGCAGCUGCAAAAGUGGCGAGGUGAGAACAAGAGCGGGUUUGAGCGCGAAAUGGAGCCAGUGUGGCAGAUCACGCAGUUGCUACUGAAGAGCGCGCAGCGGAUCGAAGCCAUGCGCGUGCGGCUGUUUGCGCGCGGAUGCCGUGCCAACCGCGAGCAGUUCCUGCAGAGUAUUCGCACGCGCGCGCAGCCCUUCAGCGAGUACUGGGCGCGUGUCAGCGAGCCGUACCGUACCGGAAAGGCAGCAAUAAUCGCCGAGGGCGAUUCAGGCGACGAUGAGCCGGCUCGGAAGUCGCGCGGCCGGCGUAGCACGCGCACCAAGACCAAUGAGCAGCUGGCUGAGGAGCUUGACUCGUUGGUGGCGAAGCACCUUGAUGGGCUGCUGGAGGUCAGUUCGCAGUGGUCGCGCACGUUCCUGGAGUCAUACUAUGGCGUGGCCCGUGAGUUUGCACGGGAGCUGGAGACAAUCCUGGGCGAAUGCAUCACGAUGUGCGACCGGCGUGCGCAAGGGUUGAAGUACCCGCCGCCGCUGACGCUGCAGCCGCAGCUGGAGAAGGCAAGGGCGGCGAUUGCGUGUCUGCAGCCGCACCUGGAUGCACGCAUCGAGAAGAUCCAGGCCGUGAUCCGUGACCGCAACACCGAGAUUUUCAACAUGACCAGCUCGAUCCGCGAAGACUGGAGCGAGACGUCAGGUGCGACGGUGGCGAGCAAGCUGGCCAAGGCUGCGCACAAGGACUUCCGCAAGAAGAUGCGGCGCGUCGAGUUCCAGCAGCAGUCGGGCGUGAUCAGCUGGGCGAUGCGCGAGCUCGAGCAGCUGCUGACGGCGCCGGAUGUCGCGGAAGUGGUGACCGACUGUCUGGAGCUGCUGAUGACCGAGGCGGAGAUCCUGGAGCGGGCAGUCAGCCAGGUGUUUGUGCGCAAGUACGAGACGGCGUCAAAUGACCUGCGUGAGCAGCGGCAGGAUAUUGUCGAUGACUUUACGGAAGGGUUGCUGACGGGUCGCGAGGAGCUGGCAGGCAUUAUUGGCAAGCUGAUGCUGAAAGAGGCGUGGCGGAUCCUGGAGGCCAACAUCUCGCUGCAGCGCCAGAAGGCACUGCUUGAUGGAGGCGGACAUGGCGGCAGUGGGAAGAGUAAGAAGUCCAAGGGAUCGCAGGCCAAGCAUGCGCUGCCGCCAGCAGCAGCGGCAAUAUCCAGCGGGGGCGAAGCUGCGCCAAAGCCGGCUCAGGCGCCAGUGCAGCCGCCGACCCCGGUCGACGUGCAGUCACAGGCGGAUAGCAUGUCGGUUCUGGACUUGGAUGAGUUUGACGACGAGGAGGAUUCGGCAGCCAAGAAGCGUCGCAAGAACAAGAAGAAGAAGGCCAAGAAGAAGAAGGCCAAGCAGGCGGCGGCGCAGGCGGCUCAGGCAGCGCAUGCAGCCCAGACUUCUCACCAGGACGCCCAGUCAAACGGUGAUGAGGACGAAGAUGAGGACGAUAACGAGGAUAGGACUGGAGGGGAUCCGCAGAAUCCGUUUGCGUCGUUGUCGAUGGCCAAUGCGAACGGCGAAGUCGACAGCGAUGCUGGCGAACGUAUGUUUUCGGCAGCGGACGUGCCUGCUGUAAGCGUGGCAGCUCCUGAAAGGGCGGUUGACGAUCCGGCUAAGGAGGCAGUUGUUGGCUCAAUUUCGGCACCGGUGCCUGCUGCAGCACAGCCAGUUGCUCAGGCUGCUGGCCAGCAGCAGCAGCAACAGGCUCGGCCUCGACGUGGAACCAAUGCUGCGCGGUAUGUGCCUGGUGUCGGGUUCAUCUCGGACGAUGGCAUCAGCGCGACAUCGCCGCGGCCGUCGCCGGGGGUCACUGCGACGUUCAAGGGGCCGGUAAGCGGAGCUCCAUCGACGUCGGGAGCAGUGACGUCGGCAACAGCAUCUCCGGCUGGCCGCAUAACGCCUGGGAGCCUGAGCGUGCAGACGGCACCCACAGGCAAGCAGACAGUUCUGACAGCUAGCCCGAGCAUGGGCGAGUCGCCUCAGCAGCAGCAGCAGCAGCAGCAGCAGCUUGACAAGGAGUCGCUGCAGCAGCUGCAGAGUACGCUCGGAGCCAUGACAGUAGAUGCGAUGCAGCAGGAGCUGGAGGCUCUGGCACACCCGGAUCUGGUGGCGGUGGCGACAUCGGCGCUGGUGAGCCGGAACGGACUAAUGAGCCUGACGAACAAGUGGCACGUAUCUGUGGGCAAUGUGCUGCAGACGUACGAGACGAUUGCAUCGCAGGUGGAGUCGUUCCGGCGGCUCUGCGAUGCGCACGACGAAGAAACAGCGCGGCUGUCGUCGCUGUUGGCGCAGGCAGCGCAGGAGGCGCAGCAGUGGCAUGAGAAGUACGAUAGGGUUCAGGCGGAGCUCGAGGAGCUCAAGGCGAGCAAUGCAGCGAAGGAGAGGGCGCUGAGCGAGGAGCCGCCGGCUGCCAGUGUCGCCGCCGCCGCCGCCGCCUCUGCAGGUGCAGCUGCCGUUCCCCAGGCAGCACCGCCGAUGGCCAUGCCGUCGCCGGGGGAUGGCGGGAUGAUGUGGCCGGAUCAGCAGCAGCAGCAGCAGCAGCAAGCGUGGCAGUCGUUUGGUGGAGCCCAGUACCCGGUGGCAAAUACGUCGGCGGCUAUGCCGGCAGGGUUUAUGGCGGCGCAGGCAUUGCUACCGGGUCUGCUGGCGUCGGGGCAGCUGCCGGCCAAUGUGGAUUAUGCACAGCUGAUGUCGGUUGCCAGUCGCAUUCAUGCAGCCCAGCAGCAGCAGCAGCAGCAGGGGUUCAUGGGGGCCGGUGUGCCUGGGUUUAAUGUGGGCAGCAUGCUCGGGAAUUCGUCGGGAUUGGGCAUGUCGCAGGCGCAGCAGCAGCAGGCAUCGGCAGGAGGUGCAGGAGGUGCAGGCAUGCAGGCGGCGAACCCAGCGAGCUCCGUGUCCAGCUCCUCGCUGCUGUCGGCGCUUAACGCCGGAUCGCAGCCGUUCUAG